AUGUUGAAAGUACUUACUUGCUUGGUCAUCGCUCUCGCGUUACUCGCGCUGUUACAUCCUUCCUUCGCUAGAAAAGGUCGCGGGAAAGGAAAGUCUUUGAAACGUUGGAAAAUCAAGACAGUUUGCUCGAAUAAGAAAGAUCUGGGACAAGUCUUGUCCAUUGUGAGUGCAGUCGACUUGACUGUGCGCUAUACUCAUGGCAAAAUCGGCUUGCUACAGUUGGAAGCGAAGCAUCUGAAAAAAGGUAGUACGAUAUUGACUUUUGAUAAUUAUAGUGUCAUUUGUGCUAAAAAUCUUAGCGACUAUUGUGGGCAAUCUGUUGAGCAAAAAACAAAAAACAAUCCAUGGUCGGUUAAAGGCCAAAAAAGUGAAAAAAUUAAAUCAUAAAAUUUGAGACGCGUCAAGGUAUUUUCUCAUAAGGAUCAUUAAUCUUUAAGAAUCUAUCUGCUAGAAUUCUAUAAGUUAAAGGCCAUAAUUGCCGUUGUAAACCCAGAUGCUGAUUCAUAGGCUUACGACAAUCAACAUGUAUUCAACACAAGAAACAAUGGGCGAUUUUCCAUAUGUACAACUCCCGUUCAAUUUAGGACUUCUAAUUGUUUUUGUAUUAUUAUUUUUUAUUAUUCCUACCAGUAAACAAGAUCUUGAUGAAGCGUUUGGCCAAAAUGGACAGAAAACUCACUAAAAUAUCAAGGAUGAUUCGCAAGGCUGUAAGGGAAGGUAUGAAUUGAGUUUCUCCAAGUUACAGGGUUCACUUCUGGAAAUCACCGUUGUCCGAUGAAGGUGCAUGGCUUGAAUUGUGAUGAUUUAGUUGUGCGACUUACCCCGACUAGCAAAUGGAUCUAAAAUUUUUGUAAAAAACAGUCUUACACUAUUAAACAUCGCGUUUUGUUUGCCACGGUAAGACAUAGGUUUUUAACCACCAUAAACCAAUUUGAUAAUAAAUAGGUUUAAUGAUUGUUUUCUGAUUCUUUGUAAUAGAAAAGCCCAAGUCUUUGACAGUUUGCGAAGGCAAGAAAGCUACCUUAACCUGUAAAAGAGGAAGGAAAAUCAAGAUCGUGAGGGCGAACUAUGGCCGGCUGAACAAACGAGUGUGCAAAGGCAAAAACAUGUCCAAUACAAAGUGCAAGGCUGCCAAAUCCAUGACGGUCGUGCGAAAAGCUUGCGACAGGAAAACCAGCUGUGUGCUUCAUGCAAAUAACCGCGUGUACGGUGAUCCUUGCAAGGGAACUGACAAAUACCUUGUGGUGAAGUAUAAGUGUGAGAGCUAA